CAGAGACAUCUCCAGAGCAUACCAGAAGCAACCCCCAUCGGGCGAAUUGCACAAGAUCAACAAUAAUAAAGGGUGAUAACAUUAGAGGAUCUGCCGCUUGGAGGGCCACACGCAAAGCUGCAGGUCGAUGCAAUGGUGCUGUUGGACAGGAGCAGGCAUGCCGGUGCAAGGCAGAGUGAAGCGGGCGGACGUGGGGAUCCAAGCGACUUAGAGGCAGACUGACCAGUUUCAGAGAAUGCUGAAUCGGUUCCUCGUACUCGAUGGCCAUCAUCAUCUCACGAUACUCACCCUAAUGCUGACGCUCACAGAGGGCAGCCGCCCCAGCUCGGACGCUGACGCCGUCACUCUUGCCAUGUCAGAAGAAGAGGAUCGGCUCAUUCAGGACGCACUCUAUAGCAACGAGCCGGAGAAGGCCCAAGAGUCUUGCACGAAUGAGCAGAUCGCCUCUACCUCUCCUUCAGGCACUUCUAUGCUCACAAGUAGAGGCAAUGACGAGAGCUCGUCUCCCACGAAAGACCCCUUCUACGGUCUUCUGGCGCCAUCGUCCUCAUCCCCCGCGCCGACCUUUUCUCUGCGUCGCCACAGACCAAGCCCUCCUUUUCGACCUCUACUCUUCCCAUACAAGAAGUCUAAGCCAUCAGAAGUCACUGGCGCUACAAAGACGCAAAGUCAAGACAGAGAUGCCUUGCAGUCAUCACCUACUAAGGUCACAUCUAGCAGCAGACGUGGGUAUGACCUUCGGGAUGUUAACCUCUCCCCCUCCUGCCUCGGACGCCUUGAUCUCAACGGCGCAGACUCGAGUCCCACAUCUGGUAGCGGCCUGAGGAAGCCUCUUGGUCCUUCCUCCUCCCUGAAGGUCAACCAGAGCACAGACUCUGCCGACCAGCCUAGCCAACUUCCGAUGCUGACACCUUCAGGGAUCGUCAAAAACGAAAAUGCUUCUGACAACAGCAAUCGGCCCAAGACACGGAUGAGCUUGGACACUCGACUCAUCGGAAGAAGGGUGGCAGGAGGCUCAUGGUCUUCCAUGAAGCGUGAAGCUGAAGGAACCGAUGCAUCUAAGCCUCCCACGACCCCAAAGAAGCGCAAAGAGUCCGUCGACGGCUCAUCAUCACCACCUCGAUCCAGUCGCCGCCCUCGAGUGGACGGUCUCCUGUCCCCGAUCAAAGAGUCGCCGACUGGUGGGACCUCGGAGCCAUGGGGUGACAAGGACGCUAGGCCGAAACAGUCUUCAUCAUCGACCUCGCCCAGCCGUCCUCAGACGCCAGAAGAUACAUCCAUUGUGAUCUCACCCUCAGUUACUCCAACAAGACUCAAGGCUCUCACCGCUAAGAAGAGGAUCCGCCACAGACUAGUACCUUUCUCGCCGGCAAUUUCAGAGGUGAUGCACCGCCAAGAUGAGGAUCAAACCCAGUCAGAGCUACCCAAGCAUGUCACUGGUCCUCUACCUGAGAUCGUCAUCACUCCUCCCCUUAUCGCUUGUCCAGCAAGUCCGAUUCAGCAAGACUUGAAAUUUGCAGACCAUGCCUCUGAGCCCGGUGCCUUCCUGGCAACUUUGCACGCUUCUGGUCGUCCGAAGGUCCACUGCGUCUCCUUCGGCGACGAGAUGCACUAUGGCGAGACCGAUGCGACCUACACUUCUACGAGUUCCGAGCUUGUCCUGUCUCGCCUUGUUCACCAGCGUGAGAAAGACGACCAAAGAACGCGUGUCUUGAUGCUGGGCAUGUUUCGCGAACAUCUCAAGCAGAUCUCGAACGCACGCCAAUUAUCGCCAGCUGACCUUACGCAGGCAAGAGAUACCCAAGCAGUCAAGUCUUUUCUUGACCGCUUGACACGUGCCCUGUCGAGGAAGGAGCAAGAGUUUUGGGUGCCAGAUAGUCUCAAGGUAGUUUCUAUGGAUGGGGUUCCACAAGAGGUGUCGGACAAAUGGGUUCUGCAUCUCUAUCGACAAGAGGUCCUUGAAUUGGCCGAUGCUCUAGUAGUCGACAUUGUCAAUUGCGUCGAGUAAGUGUAGCAUGACCUGGACGGGUGCUCCGGAUGCAAGCGACUGAUCAAUCCGGCUCCCCUUCCACAGAACUCCUGGGAUGCACCUGGCCGGCAUUGAGAUGUACGCGGUCCUGAUGCAUCAAACGAUUCGCGC